UUGCCAUCCCUACCCAUACUCGUGCUCGUAAAAACUAAAAUACUACACCGCUACUCAGCUAAGUUGAACUUAGAAAGUCAAAGUCUGGUUCUGCAGAUCUGUUGAGAACUGCUACCGAAAAUGGAAAAGAUGAACCAGGCGUUGGAGAAAAUGAAGAUGCUCGUCGGAAUGGAAGUCGAGGAAGAAGACGAGGAACAGACCUCCGGCCCGUCUCGGGAUUCGUCCUCCUUCAUUGACGACUUCAAUCGAAACUGCGCCCUCUCCUCUAAGCAGAGGCUAUACGGUUUCGCCAUCUGCUUCGUUUCGGGAUUAGCUUGUACAUUUUUGUCCAUGCUGGUCUUUUUCCAUCCAAUCAAGUUUGGAGUUACAUUCACCUUUGGUAAUCUGCUUGCACUCGGGAGUACAGCAUUCCUGAUAGGUCCAAAGCGCCAAGUUACUAUGAUGCUUGAUCCUGUUCGAAUAUAUGCCACAGCUCUGUACCUUGCGAGCAUUAUUAUUGCAUUGUUUUGUGCAGUCUAUGUUCACAGCAAGAUCUUGACACUUUUUGCGGUCAUAUUAGAGUUUGGAGCCCUAUUUUGGUACAGCUUGAGCUAUGUUCCGUUUGCACGUUCCAUGGUAUCAAAAAUCAUGGUUGGUUGCUUUGACACCGAAUUCUAGUUAGGUAUGAGUCUGGUAAAGAAAGAAUCUGGCAUCAAUCAGAUAGAGAACAUGUAGCUUGAUACCAUGAACGGUGAACCUUGAUGCUGCAAAAUGUUUACGGAUUUAUUCUGAAUGUCUGAUGUGGUGAUGGGGUUUCUUUCGUAGUGCACCUUCAUCCUUCAAUAUCCCCACUGACACCUGAUUGAUUUGUGAGUGAACCACCUUGAACUCCUGACCUGCUCAUUGCAAAUGCUUUUAUAUGUUUGGCCAUCUUCGCCUGGAAACUUUUCUUAUUCUGCAUGUAAAUGUUUCGUCUUUUCUGUAACCUGAAAACGAGAUUUCAUGCUAUUUUGUUGCUGGAGUAGAGUGCCCCCCUUAGCCCCUUAGCAAUUAGCAUUGUAAUAGUCGACUGUAACACUGAAUGCUUUUGAGCGCUGCGGAUGAAAUUGAAAAGCUCAAGACACCUAAAUGCAUGGAGAAAGUGGUGCAAGUACUGACUACUGAGAUAUCAAAUCCCAUACUGUAG